AUGGCGUCAGGCCCAGACGACACAGCCGCCGCCAAGGCCCGUCGCUGGCCCCCGCCCAACGGCUCCCGAGGCCCGCACCACUGCCCACCUUCGAACCUGCUCUGCCGUCGCGUCUUGACUGUCCUCGUCGUCCUCGUCUCGGCCGGCUGCCUCGCCCUCUUCCGCGCCUCGGGCUGGACCGGCGCUCAACCCCUGCUGUCCUCCAACGACCACCAUCACCAUGCCGGCCUCGACGGAUCCAACAACCCGUGGGCCGCCCAGACUCUGCCCCCCGGCGAUUGGCCCCCCGACCGCUAUCUCCUGGGCGUUGGCAAGGCCGACAUCACGGGCCCCGUCGUCGAGCUCAACAUGAUGGGCUAUGCAGACUUCAAUCAGAUUGGCAGCGGCCUGCGCCAGAGGCUCUACUCGCGAGCCUUCAUCGUCGGCCACCUCCGCAACCCGGCCGACCGCUUCGUUUACCUGGUCCUCGACAUCCAGUCGGGCGACACGGCCGUCCGCUACGGCAUCCUCCGAGGCCUGCGCGCCCUCGGGCCCCGAUAUUCCAUGUAUGGCCACGACAGCCUCGCCGUCACCGCCACUCACUCCCACUCCGGGCCCGGCGCCUGGCUCAACUACCUGCUCCCCCAGAUUCCCAGCAAGGGCUUCGACAAGCAGAGCUAUCGCGCCAUUGUCGAGGGCUGCAUCCUCUCCAUCCGCCGCGCCCACGAGUCCCUCGAGCCGGGCUCCCUCACCGUCGGCACCACAAAGAUCCUCCACGCCGGCAUCAACCGCAGCCUCUACUCCUACCUCGCCAACCCGGCGGACGAGCGCGCCCGCUACAACCUCAGCGCCGCCGACGACGGCUCCGUCGAGACCGACAUGACGCUGCUCAAGUUCCAGAGAGUCUCGGACGGCAAGAACCUCGGCGUCCUGACCUGGUUCCCCACGCACGGCACCUCGAUGCAGGCCAACAACACGCUCAUCUCGGGCGACAACAAGGGCGUCGCCGCCGACCUCUUGGAGAAAAAGGUCCGUGGCGGCGCCCGCGAGUCGGACGGCUUCGUCGCCGGCUUCUCCCAGGCCAACAUGGGCGACGUCAGCCCCAACGUCCUCGGCGCCCGCUGUGACGACGGCUCCGGCCAGAGGUGCAACUUUGAAGACAGCACCUGCGCCGACGGCCGCUGCGCCCAUUGCCGAGCCAAAGGGCCCGGCCGCGGACAUGACGACCACGGGGCCUCCUCGUGCCUUGAGAUUGGCCGCCGCCAGUAUCAGGGGGCCCUGGAUCUCUACGAGUCGCUGGACCGCCGCUCGCCCAACGUGCGCGGCCAGGGUGUCAAGGCUUUUCAUCAGUUCCACGACAUGUCCACCUUUGCCUUUACCCUGCCCAACGGCUCGGCCGCCACCACCUGCCCGGCUGCCCUGGGCUACUCAUUUGGCGCAGGCACGUGGGACGAGCCCGGGUCCUUUGACCUGGUUCAGCACCUGUCCACCGCGGCCAACUCGUCCUACUUCUGGAAGUUCAUUACCUGGAUCCUCAUGCAGCCCAAACAGGACCAGGUCCAGUGCCAACACCCCAAGUCCAUCCUGCUUAAUGUCGGGGAGGUCCGCCGGCCUUAUCAGUGGACGCCCAACGUGGUGGACAUUCAGACCUUUCGCGUCGGCCAGCUCGUCAUCGUCGUUAGCCCCGGCGAGGCGACCACCAUGGCCGGCCGUCGGUGGAAAGAGGCCGUGGCCAAGGAGAGCGCCAAAGUGCUUGCUGAUGAGCUGGACGGUCAGGAGCCCGUCGUCGUCCUCGGGGCGCCGAGCAACAGCUACACGCACUACAUUACUACAGAAGAGGAGUACGGAGUCCAGCGUUAUGAGGGUGCGUCGACCCUGUACGGGCGUCAUACGUUGGCGGCCUACAUCGACCGCAGCCUCGCAUCGGUGCCGUUUCUGCGAGCGCACGGCGCGCCAGCACGGGAGCGAGCGGCCCUGGAGAUUGUGCCCCCGGACAAUAGCAACCGAUCGUGGAGCUUGAUAGCGGGCGUUUUGUACGACACGGCGCCGCGGUCCCGCGUUUUCGGCGAGCUCGUGACCGACGUGGCCAAAAAGCGCUUCGAACGCGGCGAGAGGGCCAAGGCCACCUUUGUCGGCGCCAAUCCCCGCAACAACCUGCGGCUGGAGGAGACGUACGCCGCGGUAGAGCAGCGCGUGUCGUCGGCCAAAGGGGCCGGGUGGAGGCGCGUGCGGGACGACUCGGACUGGGCGCUGACCUUUCACUGGCGGCGGACGAGCAGGAUCCAGGGCACGAGCGAGGUGGACAUUGCGUGGGAGAUUGAGGAGGGAACGCCGGCGGGCGAGUACAGAUUGCGAUACUAUGGAGACUUUAAGUCGAUGCGAGGACGCAUCACCGGCUUCGAGGGAACGAGCGGGACGUUCCGCAUCGAAUGA